AUGACGCGGCGACAGCACGCCAACAAAUUCCGGUGGAGAGUCCGGCCGCUCGGCUUCGGCGGAUGGGCAGCACGAAAUCUGGCGGCGUGCCCUCUCUGCGACACUGCUUCGCUGCGAGGAGGCAAGCACGUAGAUGUCUUGCUCGGUGACCCGGCAAAUGCCGUCAAGCCCGCCAGCGACGGCGGGCCGCUCCAGGGCAUCGGCUCCGGCGACCGGGGCUCCGGCUUGACGUAUCGGCUUGGGAGAAUGGCGCCCGGCAUGCUGGCAUCGCUGCAGGAGCUUGCUGCCAAGGCAGCAGCGAGUCCGAGGCAGGGGGUCUGGGUGGUGAAGGCGCAGGCGCCGCUGGACAACAGCUCCGACGCAGCGGGCGGGAUAGGCCGCAUGACGCCAGCCACGCUGCUGCUGCACGACGAGGCAUUCGAGUUUGUGCACUUUGUGAAGGAGGAGGAGGCUGGGCACUCUGCGCUGCUGCGGGCGACGCUGCGGCAGCCGGCCCAGGUCGCCUACCUAUAUGCGGAGCAUCUUCCCCCGGACAACGCCUCGCCAGAGCGCUACCUCCGUCUCUAUGUGGAGUCGCAGCCCGAGGCGGAGUGGUGA